AGUCUGACUUGAUUUUUUUCUUUCCAAUAUUCAGAACUCAAAAUGGCAAUGAUGCGUUGUAAGCAACUUGAAGUUGAAGGGGACAAACUUGAUAGACUUACCAAUCUUCCCAUCAAUGUGCAACACCGGAUUCAAGAAAGCUUGUCUAUUGAGGAAGCCGCAAGAAUGAGCGUUUUGUCUAGACCCUGGAGACAUGUUUGGGCUUCAAUCCCCAAGCUUGUAUUUUCUCCCCAUUUUUGCCAGAGCAAGCCAUCAGAUACAUUAAUAAACGUCAUUAAUACAAUUCUCUUGCAGCACCAUGGAGCCAUUAAGACAUUCCACCUGAAUAUUUCAUCAAUACCUUCUUCCCAGCACUCAGUUAUCGAUCAAUGGAUGUUUUUGUUGUCAAGAAAUGGCGUCAUGGAUCUCACCCUUCAGAAUCUAGACAAUAAAGCUCCUUAUAGAUUGUCUUACCCUAUGUACGGUGUGGAACUAGAAAGGUUGAGCCUGUCCAACUGCAUUUUCAAGCCGCCAUGCAGCUUUAGGGGUUUCCACAAGCUCAAAAAGCUUUCACUACUCAAAGUUGCCUUGGAAGACGUUGCAACCUCUUUCUUGUGGAUGCCAAACCUUGUGUAUCUGCUGGUUAGGGGGUGUAGUGGUUUUCCUAAUUCGAAAAUAUAUGCUCCAAAACUUUUGCAAAUAUUUUUCCUUAUCUGGCGCACCAAACCCAUUGAGUUGGGUCAUUUCAUGGACUGUCAGAAGCUGAAAACAGUUAUACUUGCAUCAUCAAGAAACAAUAAAGACAAAGUGAUAAACUUGACCUAUCUUCUCAACUGCUGGCCUGACGUUCUUCAUUUUAAUCUGGACAGUUACUACCUCAAGUCUUUUGCUACUGAAUUAGAGAGGCUCCCCACAUGCCUCAAUAGCUUGAGGGCUCUCACUUUAUUUGAGUUCGAUUUUGAUGAUGAUGAUCAAAUAUUUUCUCUUCUAGGAAUGCUUAAAAGUUCUCCCAAUUUGGAGGACCUUCUAUUUCUGUUGAGCUCGAAGAAGAAUGGUGGCGUGGAAGUCAAUGUAAAUCAUUUUGAAGGACCAGCUUGCAGGACACUAGGACUCAACAAGCUACAACAAUUGAAAAUAGAUAACUUCCAUGGUUCAAGAACCGAAAUGCUCUUUGUAAGGUCUAUACUUUCCUCUGCUCCUUUACUCCUGAAGACCAUCAUUAAUGAAGACGCAGACAGUGUUCAUGAAAGCCAACGCUUGAAGAUCUCAAAGGAGUUGAUGGGGUUUCCUCGGGCAUCUCCUAAAUUGGAAAUAAUAUGUGAACAAUCAGAAAUGGACACGGAUGUGCUUUAUUGAGAUGGCUGGAUCCCCCUCUCUAACUCUUUCUUAUCAUCUAGACUCUUGUCUCUAUAAAU